CCUGAAGUGAGCGAUGGAGCAGUUGUCCUGUCAGGGUUUGUCCACAGAUUUGACAGUCAGUGUCACAUUGUCCACAGAUUUGACAGUGAGUGUCACAUUGUCCACAGAUUUGACAGUCAGUGUCACAUUGUCCACAGAUUUGACAGUGAGUGUCACAUUGUCCACAGAUUUGACAGUGAGUGUCACAUUGUCCACAGAUUUGACAGUCAGUGUCACAUUGUCCACAGAUUUGACAGUGAGUGUCACAUUGUCCACAGAUUUGACAGUGAGUGUCACGGGCUCUCAGCUAGAACUGUCAGGUUUUGUCCUGUCAGAAAGUGUUUGUCACAAUUGUAGACUUACAAGGAAAAGUUUGAGCCCAGUCAUGAUGGCUGGUUGCUUCAGUGUCCAGCAUUGUUUGGUUCCUGUGUGUGCAGUCAUGUCGUUCUCUAGCUGUGUGUGCAGUCAUGUCAUUCUCUACCUGUGUGUGCAGUCAUGUCGUUCUCUACCUGUGUGUGCUGUCAUGUCGUUCUCUAGCUGUGUGUGCAGUCAUGUCGUUCUCUAGCUGUGUGUGCAGUCAUGUCGUUCUCUAGCUAUGUGUGCAGUCAUGUCGUUCUCUACCUGUGUGUGCAGUCAUGUCGUUCUCUACCUGUGUGUGCAGUCAUGUCGUUCUCUAGCGGUGUGUGCAGCCAUGUCGUUCUCUAGCUGACUUGUGCCCUGUGUACCUGAUGUAUCCUGUGUCCUGUGUGACAUGUCGUGUCCCUGUAUCCUGUGGUCCUGUGUGACAUGUCGUGUCCCUGUAUCCUGUGUCCUGUGCGACAUGUCGUGUCCCUGUAUCCUGUGGUCCUGUGUGACAUGUCGUCUCCCUGUAUCCUGUGGUCCUGUGUGACAUGUCGUCUCCCUGUAUCCUGUGGUCCUGUGUGACAUGUCGUCUCCCUGUAUCCUGUGGUCCUGUGUCGUCUCCCUGUAUCCUAUGUCCUGUGUGACAUGUCGUCUCCCUGUAUCCUGUGGUCCUGUGUCGUCUUUCUGUAUCCUGUGGUCCUGUGCGACAUGUCGUGUCCCUAUAUCCUGUGGUCCUGUGUAACAUGUCGUCUCCCUGUAUCCUGUGGUCCUGUGUGACAUGUCGUCCCUCUGUAUCCUGUGGUCCUGUGUGACAUGUCGUCUCCCUGUAUCCUGUGGUCCUGUGUGACAUGUCAUCUCCCUGUAUCCUGUGGUCCUGUGUCGUGUCCCUGUAUCCUGUGGUCCUGUGUGACAUGUCGUGUCCCUGUAUCCUGUGGUCCUGUGUCGUGUCCCUGUAUCCUGUGGUCCUGUGUCGUGUCCCUGUAUCCUGUGGUCCUGUGUCGUCUCCCUGUAUCCUGUGGUCCUGUGUGACAUGUCGUGUCCCUGUAUCCUGUGGUCCUGUGUCGUGUCCCUGUAUCCUGUGUCCUUUGUCGUCUCCCUGUAUCCUGUGUCCUGUGUCGUGUCCCUGUAUCCUGUGGUCCUGUGUCGUCUCCCUGUAUCCUGUGGUCCUGUGUGGUGUCCCCUCGUUUGACCCAGUUCCCACUCCUGUCUCGUGUGCUUCGAGAUGUACCAUCUGCUGUAGCUGCUUUCCCCUGUCAGUUGAUGGGACGAUGGUAUUGUUUCUUGAGAACUGUCAGUUGAUGGGACGAUGGUAUUGUUUCUUGAGAACUGUCAGUUGAUGGGACGAUGGUAUUGUUUCUUGAGAACUGUCAGUUGAUGGGACGAUGGUAUUGUUUCUUGAGAACUGUCAGUUGAUGGGACGAUGGUAUUGUUUCUUGAGAACUGUCAGUUGAUGGGACGAUGGUAUUGUUUCUUGAGAACUGUCAGUUGAUGGGACGAUGGUAUUGUUUCUUGAGAACUGUCAGUUGAUGGGACGAUGGUAUUGUUUCUUGAGAACUGUCAGUUGAUGGGACGAUGGUAUUGUUUCUUGAGAACUGUCAGUUGAUGGGACGAUGGUAUUGUUUCUUGAGAACUGUCAGUUGAUGGGACAAUGUGUACGAGAACCGUCAGUUGAUGGGACAAUGUGUAUGAGAACUGUCAGUUGAUGGGACAAUGUGUACGAGAACUGUCAGUUGAUGGGACCAUGGGAUUGUUUAUGAAUGAGAACUGUCACUUUAUGGGACAAUGUCGCUCAGAGCAGAGUGACCCACCACUUCUACUUCUAUUACUUUCUAGGUUGUUUUGGUUUUUUUACAGUUCUGUUUUUCAAUUAUUUUUUCCAGUACUGUUAAUCUUUUUUUUCCCCCAGUACUGUUACUGUUUUUGUUUGAGGUUGUAUCGCAUCUGUGAUUGCUUGUGUGGUUUGGCUGGGUGGCUGGGGUGAUGCUGACAACGCCCUUCUGUUGACCGAACCACGAGUGGUCAGCGAUGGACACCACUUGGUUGUUUAUUUCUGGUGCAGUAUUGUUUUGUUAUGUUGUCAAUAUUCUGUGAGUGUAGUUUGAGUUAUUUACCGAGUUCAUGACCGUUCUGAUGCAUUCUGAUUUGGUUGAUUACAAUUGAUUGGAAGAUCUAUAGCUAUAUAAUAGAUAUAAUGGGUUUGUCUUUUCCUUCCAUGUUUCAUUCUAACUUUGGUUGCUAGACACACAGUGUAGCCGUCUACCAUCAUAAACUUUUGAUUUUGUUUAUUAAGAGAAUCAUAUUAUCAACUCUUGCUAAGGUGAGACAUGUAUAUAUUCUAAUAAAUAACAUUGAUGUGAUAAAAAAAAC